CGCAGUGGGGCCGCCCGAAGCCGAGGUCGGCCGGGCAAAAGCCAAGGGAAAGAGGAGGGACAAAGAUGGCGCCCGGUCCUCCGGCAGGAGUUGGCUGUUGCCAUGGCGUCGCGGAGGAGGAGGAGGGCAAAUGCAGAGGGAAGGCCUCUUGCAGUCAGCCACCUCUGUGAGGUUUGAACCAGGGCCUGGCCAGGCAACAAGUCUCUUGGCUUGUGAGAGGGCUCUUCUGUCCCUUCUCUCCACAAUGCCCCAAGCAUCUGAGCACCGCUUGAGCCGGGCUAGAGAACAAGCAGUCAUCACCUCUCAGCCAAAAGCCAACAACAAACUUCCAAAUGCACAUCGAACCCCGAGUCAAGAACACCGCGGCUGCUGCUCUUCCUCUUCCAUCUCCAAUGGACUCUCCGGUCCUUCCAAGCUUCGGCCCUUGCCACCCCGGCCAAGCCCUCUCGACGACAGAGGCAAGAAGCUUGAACUGGACCGAGGCAGGGCGUCAAAGCAUGGUGACGUGCUGCGUGGUUCUGCUUCCCGACGAGGCCCAAUCAAGGCAGACCAUGCUCUCAAAGUACCCAGCUGCCCUCAGGCUGCCACCAUCUCUGGCAGCAGCUCCUUCACCAUGACGCCCGGGGUUCUUCUUGGUGGACCAGACUCUGACCAAAGAAGAAGCAACCUGCUCCGCUCCAAAUCUAUCAGCAUUGGUGACUUAAGCCAAGCUGGCAACCAUGGGGAGGAGCAGCUGAACACCGCACUGAACCGGCUGGCCCUUCGGGACCGGAGCCCCUCUUGUAUCCACAAGAUUGGCUUGGGUGCCCUGGCAAUGAAGAGGAGUUCUUCACUCCGUAGAGUCAACAUCACCAAUGGGCUGGAUGGAAGGCCUGCUGCCACGCUGCUGUCAGUCCGCACAGAAGGCUGCCUGAGGACUCGCCCCAUAGACCCACAAGUUACAGAAUACGCUUGCUCUCAAGACCACCUACUUUCGACAAGCCCACCCCAGAGCAAAACCCCUGUUCCAAGCAAACUGGAAGAGAAGGCAACCACUACACAUCAUACCCUUCUGCUGGGCUCUGGCCACGUUGGUCUCCGCAACCUUGGCAACACGUGUUUCAUGAAUGCUGUGCUACAGUGCCUGAGCAGCACCAAACCCUUGCGGGACUACUGCCUCCGUCGAGAAUUCCGGCAAGAGCAACCUGGCGCACUGCGGACCCAACAGGAGCUGACUGAAGCCUUCGCAGAUGUCAUUGCCACAUUGUGGCACCCUGAUUCCACGGAGGCUGCCAACCCCAGCCGCUUCAAAGCUGUCUUUCAGAAAUACGUGCCAUCCUUUACAGGAUACAGUCAGCAGGAUGCUCAGGAGUUUUUGAAGUUUCUCAUGGAUUGGUUGCAUGUGGAGAUUAAUCGGAAAGGACGCAAAUUUCCAAGUAUCCUUUCUGACACCAAGAGGGCUUCUGUACUGGAGGACUCUGACACUUUGAGUGAUGAUGAACAAGCCAACCAGAUGUGGAAGCGUUACCUGGAAAGAGAGGAUAGCAAGAUAGUAGACCUCUUUGUUGGCCAGUUGAAGAGCUGUCUCAAGUGUCAAGCAUGCGGUUAUCGGUCAACCACUUUUGAAGUUUUCUGCGACCUCUCCCUGCCUAUCCCCAAAAAAAGCUUCACUGGUGGAAAAGUCUCUCUGCUUGACUGCUUCAGCCUUUUCACUAAGGAAGAAGAGCUGGAUUCCGAGAAUGCGCCGGAAUGUGACAAAUGCCGGCAGAGGACCCGAAGCACUAAGAAGCUGACCAUCCAACGCUUUCCUCGCAUCCUUGUGUUACAUCUGAACCGUUUCUCCACCACCCGCUACUCCAUUAAGAAAUGUUCUGUGUUUGUGGACUUCCCACUUCAGCAGCUGAACUUGAAGGAAUUUGCCAGUGAAAAGGCCGGUACUCCUGUGUACAACCUUUAUGCCCUCUGCAACCACUCUGGCAGUGUGCACUACGGCCAUUACACAGCCUUCUGCAAGGACCAGUCUGGCUGGCGGGUUUACAACGAUUCCCGCGUCUCUCCGAUCAGUGAGAACCAGGUCCCAUCAAGUGAAGGAUAUGUCCUUUUUUAUGAGCUGGAUGACAUGCAUUGGAAGAAGCAGUAAAAAUACCAGACCCAGCGCUUUGGCCAGCUGCCCCUUUUACCUCAGAGACUGGCGCUCGGGUUUUCUUAAAACUACAGAAGACAUCGACAAAACAAUAAUAAAACAGACAAGCAACACUGUGUGGAGUUUGUUUCUAAGAGCAACCCGGGGCAUCUGCCUGUCCCUUCGUACCAAGUUGGGGGUUUUAGACGUUCACCAGGUCUUAAGGCAAGACUGGAGAAUGACGCUUGUCCCCUGGAAGGACUGAGGCUGUGGGGGAAGCUGGACACAGAGAAUGUGGGGGGGGGGGGGGAGCUUGUGUGGGUGACAAGCAGGGCCUCCCUCGUCCCUCCAUCCAUCCUUCCAUCCACCUCUUCAUCCCCCAACCCCUCAGGUGAAAUUAUGUCCACUACUCAUUUUAACAGCUGUGUGACUUUGUACAUAACAAUGGGUUUGUAUAUAAAGAUAGAAAAAUGAAGAGAUUAAACUUUUUUGUGAAUAAAUUUACUAAAAAAA